CAAAGGUGUGACUCUCAAUGCAGAUCCAAGCACAGGAAAGCACUGGUCUUCAUUACUGUUUUGAUUAUCUCUCCUUGAGUACCUGUUUCUUUGUAGUCUCUAUGCUAUGACAUAUUUCACAUUGACAACUGACUCAAGUGACUCUUCUUCUGUUUGCCACAGACCAGCUUACCACUUUCCUUAAGAAGAAUGGAGAAAAGGAACACCAGUGGAAAUAUCCCGAGCAAGGACAUAAACAUCUCAUCUGGCCUCUUAGCACUGAAUGAAAAUGACUUUGGUAUUCCCCAGUGUGGCAGCAAGUUCCAAGCCAUGAUUUUGCUUUCCCUCAUCAUUUCCUUGGUUGGGAUGGUAAUAAAUGGCAUAGUGCUGAGGAUCCUGGGCUUCCAGAUACAGAGGAACGCUUUCUCUAUUUACAUCCUCAACCUGGCUGUGGCCGACUUUCUCUACCUGUGCUUUCAAUUUUUUUUUUGCCUUUUAAAUAUCAUUUGUGACACUGAUAAUACCAAUAUGAACUCUAUUUCCUACCAAAUGGAUUUGUUUUUAUAUGUUUUGCCAAAAUUUCCUUAUUUUUCUGGCCUGAGCAUUCUCAGUGUCAUUAGCAUUGAGCGCUGUCUGUCGGUCAUGUGGCCCAUCUGGUAUCGCUGCCAACGUCCAAGACACACAUCAGCUGUCACCUGUGUUUUUCUUUGGGCUCUCUCCCUGCUGUUGUGUCUCCUGGAAGGGAAGGCAUGUGGCUUACUGUUUAGUAGUCUUAAUGAGCGUUGGUGUAAGACAUUUCGUUUCAUCACAGGCACAUGGUCAAUUGUUUUAAUUGUGGUUCUCUGUGGGUUCAACCUCACGCUGCUUGUCAAGAUCUUCUGUGGCUCAAAGCGGAUUCCAGUGACCAGGCUGUAUGUGACCAUUGCAUUCACAGUUCUAUUCUUCCUGAUCUUUUGUCUUCCCUUUGUGAUCUACUGGUUUGUCCUCCAAUUAGUCGAAAACAUGUCUAUUUUAUUUAAUGGUUUUUUUUACGAUGCAUUAUUUCUGUCCUGUGUUAACAGCUGUGCCAAUCCUAUCAUUUACUUCCUCGUUGGGUCCAUUAGGCACCGCAGGUUCCAGUGGAAGUCUCUGAAGCUGCUUCUGCAGAGGGCCAUGCAGGACACUCCGGAGGAGGAAGAUGAUGGAGAAAGGAGUCCAUCAGGAAAUUCUGAAGAUGUGGAAACAGUCUAA